GCGUUUAGUAAUCGAUCAUUCUUAAUGAGUACACCAACGUAAUAUAGUGAGGUCUAAGGAGAUAUAGUCAAAGGUUAGGUAAACAAUUUUACCUACGGGGUUGCAUAAUUGACGUAAAUGUAACCAACUCCAAGCUUUUUCUUUUACAAUGUUUCAGCCAGUCAGUUGCUGCAAACUCGUAAUGCUGAAGCUGCUCAAUCCUGGAAAGAAUGCUGAGAACGGUUUUCGCUACUUCAGUAGAACAGCAAUAAGUUACAAAUCAAAAUCAAAACAAAGUAAGAUUCGAGACAUCAAUCGAGACGUCAACGUCAAUGUCUCCACACCUGAAGACUUUAUAUAUGAUCUCAAACAGAAACUUCAGGGUAUCCCGGAAAAACUGACAUCAACGUUGAAAGUCAUGGCAACGGAUAGUCAGCAGGGAAAUGUAAAUCAACUUGAACACGUCAUGGUCAGUAAACCAAAACAGGAAGAACAUUUGUUAAAGGACAUAGCAGCAAUUAGCCGGGUCUCUGGGAAGGUCCUGAACAUAAAACCGUACUCUCCACAAGAUGUUAAGUACAUAAUGAAGGCAAUCACAUCUUCCAAUCUUCGUAUGCAACCGGUUCUGAAAGACAGUGUAACAAUUCAAGUUCGUUUACAAGAAACCACUCUUGAAACAUUAAAAGCUCUUGCGAAGCAAAUAAAAGAACAGGAAGAUAGGACAAAAGUAGCCAUACGACUUGUGAGAACCAGCUUCCAAAAGAAGUUGGCCAGAAGAAAGCUGUCAAAAGUUUGGUCCGAAGAUGAAUGCCGCAAAGUUGAAAAAGAUAUGCAAGAUACCAUCCAAGCGCAAAAUGGCCAGCUGACAACAAUUAUAGAACGAUACCUGAAGCAAUUGAAGGAGCAAUCUCGUAACAAGCCAUUCUAAGGAAGAUAGUGUGAAAGCCACAAACGAUUUGGUUUUCAGACCAUAUUAUAGUGGUAUAGAAAUGAUAUGCGAACAAUCAUAAUGAUAAAGAAGAAAGAUACGUAACAGAAGAUUUUAACCAAAGUAAAUGGGAUGAAUAGAUAACAAAGGUAACCAAAAAAGAAACCAAGAAGAACAAGAAGUUUGAGGCCGUAAAAUUAAGUGGUUCAGUUU